AUGGGUGUCAAACGAGGGGACGACAGUCUCGCCGAAAGUCAGUCUGGUGUGGUCGAUUGGGAUGGCCCCCAAGAUCCAGAACAUCCUUUCAACUGGCCCCAAAAGCAACGGGCUAUUCACAUCGGACUGGUGACUUUUAUUAACUUCGUUUUGAAUCUUGCCGCCACCCUCUUUGCUCCAGCUGCCCAAAAUCUUGCUGUUGACUUCUCCGUUACCGACUCGACCGUUCUCUCGCUCACCGUAUCCAUAUAUCUCUUGGGCUUCGCCGUGGGGCCUCUCGUCGUGGCGCCACUAUCCGAGGUUUACGGCCGUCUUUGGGUUUACCACAUCGUCGGUCCCAUCAUCGGUGGCUUCGUGGCUGAUAAUCUUGGUUGGCGAUGGACCCUAUGGAUUGUUUGCAUCGUUUCUGGCAUCAGUACUACUCUCUGCUUCCUGUUCAUGAAAGAGACGUACGCCCCAGUCUUGCUAGCCGCAAAGGCACGUCGCUUGCAGAAAGAACCCGGGAAUGUAAGCGAAAGCACGGAAUUUACCAAGCCUACGACGCUCUUGUUGCGCGCAUUCGUACGCCCAACUAAGAUGCUUUUUUUGAGUCCCGUGGUGUUUGGACUUUCCUUAUUCAACGCCAUGGUUUUCGGUCUGAUCUACCUUCUUUUCACGACUUUCCCCAGCGUCUGGCGUGCCCAGUAUGGAUUCAGCGCAGGGAUAUCCGGCCUUUGUUAUCUCGGUCUUGGCGUUGGUAUGAUAUUGGCCAUCGGCGUUUUCGGUGCCUUGAGCGACCGACUUCUUGAGGCAAAACGAAAGAACGGUGAAGCCCAGCCUGAACAUCGGCUUCCUCUCAUGAUAUGGACCUCUCCCUUUCUUCCAGCCGGCCUCUUUUGGUAUGGAUGGGCUGCUGAAGCCAACAUCCACUGGAUGGUGCCUAUCGUAGGAACAUCCCUCAUCGGUUUUGGAGGUUAUUUCAUUGUGAUGCCUUCUCAACUCUACCUUGUGGAUGCUUUUGGAGCUCAAGGUGCAGCGUCGGCCCUAGCAGCUCUCUCCGUCCUUCGAUUUAUCUUUGGAUGCUUUCUUCCCCUAGCAGGACCAGCUCUUUAUAACGAUCUUGGACUUGGAUGGGGCAACUCUGUUCUAGGAUUCAUCGCCGUGGCGUUCAUACCUGUUCCUAUCGCUUUUUACAAGUGCGGAGGCUUUCUUCGCGAGCGGUUCCAAGUCAAGCUCUGA